UAGGCAUCUGAGAGAGAGUCCCACUGAAUUGAGUUGAAGUUACAGGUACCUAAUGUAGGUAGCGCGGGGCUCCCUUGAGCCAAUCAUAUUAAUGUGAUACAAUAGGUACCUGUAUACCUGAAAUCCAUGCCGCAGGUGCAAAAGUGAAAUGGGUCCAUUGACGAAAAUCGGAUGCGAUAAAAGUGUUAAACUCUUAAACCUAUCCGGCAACAUGCUCUACUAAUCCAAGAACUCGCCCCUCUCUUACCUUUUUUUUUAAGUCUUAUCGAUCUUACAAGAUUUCAAGAUUCGAAAAGUAAGAUAUAGAGACAUGAUGGUAUGAUUACUGUACCAUGCCUAUUCUUCCCUCACUAUCUCCCCCGUCAAGUUUUCGGCUUGGCUUGCGAGCGAUCACUGGCAACUCCGGGAACUCGCUGAUUUCUUGUGCGGCUCGUUCGUUUUCGACAAAACAUCCUCCUAUAGCAUCAUGCUGCCGAUAUAGCACCCAAGGGGCCAUUCGCCCUCCCCGAAUGCCCACAAAAUGCCGCUCGAAUGAUCUUUUACCUCGAAUAUCCGUUCGAAUGCUAUCUAGGUUCCGCGCGAUCACCCAUUACACGAAACUACCCGAUGACUAUGAAGAUAGCCAGGGCUUACCGUUCCGAAAAGAAGAUCUCAACCAGAGAGAAGUCAACCAAAUAUUUGGUGGAGCUCACCUCCCGGCCCCCCUCGCAAACAAGCUUCUACGAAUUCUGCAUGGUCGCCGAGUAGCAGGGACUCUAAACGACCCGAACCUCCGAGUGAACACUGCCCAGUUUAGCGCUAUGGAUCAAAGAAAAGCUUUGGGAUAUCUGCGUGCCAAUAUUCCCGUGGAUGAGGUUAUCAAUGCUGGCCUGCGAGCCGAAGACGAGCUCAGACUUUUGGAACAAGCAAACGAGAAUGGUGAACAGCAACCUGAAGAAAUUAGCUCUCAAGACCUUCCUCCCGACACCGCGACCCAUGAAACCCCAAUUCCGACCGGACGACUUCCUAAAAUACGUGAAACCAACUCGCCAUACGGAGUAAGUCCGCUCGACCGAAUCCGCGCCCAUAACAUUGCGAAGCGCGAAGCAGAAGAGAAGAGGUUAGAGGAGGAGCGGAAGAAGCGUGAGGAAGAGGAGGCCCUAAGUAACAGCGGUACUCUUCAGAUUGAGCAAAAUAAGCCGAAAGAACUGAGCCCGAUGAUGAGGAAAUUUACAGAACGGGCGACAUCCGACCUCAAAGCGCCUCCCGAAAUGAAGGCUUGGGAACGUCUACUUCCCCAAGCUAUCAUGACGGUCUUGAUUUUCGCAGGAUGUAUCCUGUAUGCUCUUGUAUAUACGCCUCCUAAGCGAGCUGAAAGGAUGUGGCCGGACAUUCCUCCCGCGGCGGCAACCUGUCUUGCUCUGAUCGGAAUUAACCUAACAAUAUGGAUGGCAUGGAAGUUCCCACCCGCCUGGAGGCUCCUGAACCGAUACUUCCUAGUAGUUCCGGCGACGCCACGACCCUUCCAGCUGAUCGGAGCGAUGUUUUCUCAGCAGAAUUUCAGCCACGUGUUCCUAAACAUGGUAGGGCUUUGGUUCUUCGGUACUCGGCUUCACGAUGAGGUUGGAAGAGCCAACCUUCUCGCCAUAUACUUUUUUUCGGGAGCUUUAGGGUUCAUGUUUAGCCUGACACGUUUGGUUCUCACAAACGGCCUUUCGUACACGACGCUUGGGUCCUCUGGAUCGGUUUACGGAAUUAUAGCCGCGUUCUUCUGGUUACACAAGUACGACGAGUUCAAACUAUUCGGCUUCCCCCCUGACCCAAUGUCCGGUCCGCAGGGCUUAGCAUUUAUUGGCCUAAUAUUGGGCCUGCACGUACUGCCCCUAUUCUCGAGGAAAGGCCAUAACACCGACAUACCAUCGCACUUGGGAGGUAUGGUAGCGGGCAUAGCCGGGGCGGAGCUUAUCAAGAGGCACAUGGACCAGAAAGCAAGGAUUAGGGCCGAAAGGUUGAAGACUAUGGGCGCAUUAGAGGGGGCUGUUAAAGUAAAGGGAAAGGAAUCUGAGAAGGCGCCCCAAACAGCGGCGGGGCGCUAAGUUGUUAACCGCAAGUAUUGGGCUAUCUACCUUUAGGUAGGUACCUACCUCAUACUCGAUCUCUAUUCUCUCGGGCUGUAUAUAGGUACUUGCAGGCCUUGU